CGGAAGCCGAGGCCAACCAUGCCAGACAGGCCCCCCACGGCAGACUUGGGCGCACAGCUCAAUGCGGAACUGACGAGGAUCAUCAAAUGUCCAUAUCCUCCCUCGCUGUCUCCUCUCUCCCAUCUACUCGCGCGUGCCGACCUACCCACCAUCCGCGCUUCUAUUCAUCACCGUUCCCCAUGUGCCCUGGCUGCCUUGGCCAAAAUCGUCCGCGACGCCUUGCCGCUGACGGCUUACACGCUGCGUGUCCUGCAUCGUCUGUGCCAUGCACCCGAGUUCCGUGACCAACUAUUGAUUCGCUACCCGGGCCUGCUAAACGGUCUGUUGGAGAGGGCUGUUUCCUCCAAGCAAGACUUCAACGAUCUCGGGGAACUAUGUGUGCUACUUCUGUCGUGCCCUUUGCCAGAGGCAAUUCCCUUGCCUGCCGCCGCACAGAGUUUUCUGCUCAACGUCUUUGAAAAGGCUUCACAAAACCCAAAUUCCGAUGCCUUGAAGUCGGUAUAUCGCAUGCUCAAUGGAGCAUGCGCUCAGCUCUACCGUCUCCUUCCUAGUGCUGCCAGACGACGCUUCGAUACCGAGCUAUGUCGCAUCUUGCAAAACAAUGUAUCUGGCGAGUCGGCCAUGCUGCUGUUGUGGCUGUGUGGCAUAGUCAUUAUCGUUGAGCAUCCAGAAGGCAUCCAGCCUGCCCACGCGUUCGACACCAGUCACCAGCCCGUCUCUACCCAGACGCUAAUGCAGCAAUGGGUAACACCAUCCGGUCAAAAACUAUUUGGCUCUACCAAGGACUUGUACAAGAAUAUACAAAUGACGUGCUUGAAUAUCUUGUGGCUCCUCAAAGCCCCCGUUGACGACGACGAAGAAGUAACUGAAGGCUUGCGUAUUGCCUCUAGAAUCAUGCAAUGUAUCGACAUAGACAUCAGAGAUAGUUGGAUCAAGCAUGAAAAGGGGGCACUGCUUUUUGACAAAUGCCGAUCGAGGAUAGAAGAGUCGGCUUCUAGCCCCACCAUCCAGCUGGAGGCUCUGUCUUUCUUUGGCCAGCUUUCUGGCUCAAAGAAACUGUCCCAAAGUACAGUGAUACGGUAUGCAUCAUGUGUCUUUGAUGCUGUCUGUACAGCGGAGCCAGCCGGCAUUUCCGAGCUGCUAUCAGUAUCACUUCCUAAAUUCGGGGCAUAUAUCCCAGAAACCCAGGCACUGUUUUCCAGUGUCCUAGAUGCAUGUGCUGAACAACCAAGCCCCAGGCACAUGUCCAAUCUUGUCAGUUUCAUAGAUGAGCUCACCGCUGCCACCCUGUCUUCUUCCAUAUUACGAGGUAAUGUACUACGCGGUUUGUCGUCAAAGAAAUUGCAAGAUAAGAUCUGGCGUCUUGUGCGGCUCGUGCCGGAUCAUCAAGCCGUCUGCACCCAUGUGGGAUCGAUCCAUCGGCAGCUCAUCGCUGCUACCCUUGCUUCUCUGAUCACUAUCAUCCUUGCAGCUGAGCCAGGAGAACCGACGUUACCUCAGACCCUCAAAAUGUCUCUUGUGAAGGCGCAACGGGAUCUGCCGCUUGUAGCGGGUGCUUGCCCAUAUGCCUCUGAGACGCCAAAGAACACACCCAUAUCACUUUUUCAAGCUGCAAAUACACAAAACCCUGGUCAGCAUUUGGAAGACUGGAGUACACGCCUUGAAUCAGAACUACAAAGCCAGGGCAAGUAUCAGAGAGACGCCAUCUUACGUUCAGUAGCACAGAUUUGCACUGACCUCGAAACGCGCUGCAACACAGUCGAAGAGCCGCUACGUAGGGAGAAAGAAAAAUCAACCGAACUCGAGGAGCAAAACCGCUCCCUGAACGAUGAAGUUGAGUCAUUACGAACACAAAACGAAGACUCCAUCGAUCAGCUAGAAGGCUUAGAAAAGGAGCUAGAAGAUCUGAAAGAAGACCAAGGCCGUUUACAGGAGGAGAAUGCUACCAUUACCCAAGAAAAGGAGCAAGCGCAGUCUAGGGCCAAAGAGUUGGAGACACUUCUCAAAGAGUCAAAAUCGAAUGCGAACGAAGCGCUCAAGGCUGCACAGGAGAGUUUCAGCACAAAGGAGCUCGCACUCCAAUCAAGUAUUCUUCAACAUGAAGAAGAUAACCGUGUCCGUGAUUCACAGAUACAGCAGCUGAACGAUACUAUCAGUGAGCUAAAGCAAUCUGGAGCUCAACGCGAGAAGGACCACACCACGCUUGCCAAGGAAUAUGAGAGUCUCCAACGUCGCUGUCAGGAUAUGGAAGAAAUGCUUCAACAUGAAAGAUCAAACGCCGCUAACCGGAAUGACGGUGUUGUACGUCUCGAAACACGAGUAUCAGAAUACCGCCGCCUUCUAGAAGAGAAGGAAGCUGAGUUGGAAGAAGCCUUGAAAAAUUUAGACGCAUUGCAAAGCAUGCACCAAGAGCUCCAAGAGACAUCGGAAGCCAAGCUCAAAGACCUAGCAGCUCAGAAUACUAGCGAUAUCGAGGCACUUAAUGAGAAAGCCGAACACGUUUGUAGGACUCUUGAAGAUCAACUGCAGAACGCUCUGGAGGAUUACCAGCAAGAACAACAUGACCACGAAAAGUCGCGUCAACAGAUUGAGCAGCUCCAAGAAAUCAUUCCACACCUAGAGUCUAGAAUCCAAGAGCUCAAAGACUUUUGUAAAGAGCAAGAAGAUGAACUUGAGGAACGUAGAGCCAUCCACAAGAAUGUGUUGGCACAUUUUGGUGUCUCGUCCCAACAACCACUAGCCAUUCGCUCUGCGUCUCGAUCCUACAAGGACAUUGCCGCGACCACGACUACACGUGAGCCGCGAACUCAACGGCGACGCAAGUCCGCCUUUAUUGCACCCCAGAACAUCACGCCAAUGGCAGACUCGACUACAGAAGAUACUACUGAGGCGUCUUUUGAGUCAUCUUCGAAAGCCAACAUCCCAGCAGCCAAACGCUUGAAACCACGGCCGGCUUUCAAAGUUCCCACCAUGCUUACGCCGUACGCUCAGAAGCCCGAUUUAGUCUCUAAAUCCGUCUCGGGCAGGACAUCACCCAGUAAGCGUUCAGCGCUGCGACAAAUGUCGCCGAACCGGCGGCAUACAGUUGGGGCUUCAACGGCUGAGCAAGGAGAUAAUGAUACCACUGACGCGAGUGCGUUGAUGGAGAAGCGGGGAGAAAGUCUCCAGGAUAUCGAGUAUGCAGACUUCGAUACCGAUGAAGAGUUCCUCUCUGACACGCCACUUACACCGGGAUUUAUGGCAGGAACAGGUAGAAUUCCUAAUGAAGACGAGACGUUUACGAGUGAGCUAUGAGCAAUGUAAGACAAGAAGAAUCGGAGGAUCUAUUGGACGGACUUCAUAAGAACUAGACCAUCUACGUCGACGUCAUAUUACUAGACG